AUGCUUGCAAAUCAAGCAAGCACAGAGGAGCGCUUUCUCCUGCUGGGUUUCUCCGACUGGCCUUCCCUGCAGCCGGUCCUCUUCGCCCUAGUCCUCCUGUGCUACCUCCUGACCUUGACUGGCAACUCGGCGCUGGAGUUGCUGGCGGUGCGCGACCCGCGCCUGCACACGCCCAUGUACUACUUCCUCUGCCACCUGGCCUUGGUAGAUGCGGGCUUCACCACCAGAAUGGUGCCGCCGCUGCUGGCCAACCUGCGCGGACCAGCGCUCUGGCUGCCGCGCAGCCACUGCAGCCAGCUGUGCGCAUCGCUGGCUCUGGGUUCGGCCGAGUGCGUCCUCCCGGCGGUGAUGGCUCUGGACCGCGCGGCCGCAGUGUGCCGCCCGCUGCGCUACGCGGGGCUCACCUCCCCGCGCCUAUGUCGCGCGCUGGCCAGCGCUUCCUGGCUAGGCGGCCUCACCAACUCCGUUGCGCAAACCGCGCUCCUGGCUGAGCGGCCGCUGUGCGCGCCCCGCCUGCUGGACCACUUCAUCUGUGAGCUGCCAGCGUUGCUCAAGGUGGCCUGCGGAGACGACGGAGACACUACCGAGAACCAGAUGUUCGUCGCCCGCGUGGUCAUCCUGCUGCUGCCGUUUGCCGUCAUCCUGGCCUCCUACAGUGCCGUGGCCGGAGCUGUCUGCUGCAUGCGGUUCAGCGGAGGCCGGAAGAGGGCGGUGGGCACGUGUGGGUCCCACCUGACAGCCGUCUGCCUGUUCUACGGCUCGGCCAUCUACACCUACCUGCAGCCCGCUCAGCGCUACAACCAGGCGCGGGGCAAGUUCGUAUCGCUUUUCUACACCAUGGUCACACCUGCUCUCAACCCGCUCACCUACACCCUCAGGAAUAAGGAAGUGAAGGGGGCAGCGAGGAGGCUGCUGCGGAGUCUGGGGAGAGGCCAGGCUGGGCAGUGA